CCCAUCCCCUCAGGAUAGCCUCGUCGGUAUCGACACCUUCCGCAUCCAUGUCAACGAGGUUUCCCCGGAUCACGGGCUUGAAGGGUACGUGAUUGGUGUUUUAAUUGGUGCGCUUUCCGGGAAAAGUACCUGUGACCGGCUCUCAACGCGGCGAUGAUGGCGGGGAGAAUCGUGGAUGUCUCUUUCGAUGAAGUCACUUGUCACUCUUCUUUCCCCUGGCUUCCCCAGAGAGAGGGGUUCUUGUGCCUAGGUACACGUGGGGAAAUUUAUAAAUAUGAGCGUUAAUCCCAUUGUUUUUUUUUCUUUUUUUCUUUUUCUCUGCUCCUGGUAAGUUGCCUCGGUUCAACUUUUGUCACUCGUUAGAUCGGUCGAGAUGUUUGUCCUUCUUAAUUCUAAAACUUUUGGUGCGGUGGUACUGGCUUUUUUUCUGGUUGAUGCUACGCCCUUUGAGAGUCAAUUGGAAAAGCGUCUAGACAAUAACCUUGCCAAAACUCCAAUCUUAGGGUAAUGUCUUUUCUUGCCCUUCUUCCUUCUCCUGAUUCGUCUGACCGAUUGUUCUAGUUGGAACUCGUAUAAUCACUAUAGCUGCUCACCAAAUGAGAAGAUCAUAAAAUCUAAUGCCCAGGCUUUGGUAGACCUUGGACUCCAGGCUUUGGGUUACAAUUAUGUGGUUGUUGACUGUGGAUGGACGGUCCCUGAUCGUGCGACUGAUGGGCAAUUGCAGCCAAAUCCGGAUUUGUUCCCCAGUGGGUACAAGGCGUUGGGAGACUGGCUUCAUAAGCUGGAUCUGAAAUUUGUAAGUCGAGUCUUGACCGUUGAAAAAGAGGCAAUGAAAUGUGGGCACGCUAACAUUUGGUUAGGGAGUCUACCAAGAUGCGGGGAUCAAAACUUGUAUGACGGGGCAACCAGACCAAGCCGGCAGUCUGAGUGAGUUCUAGAACUUCUCUUUUUUUCUCCCACGAUGGUGGUGGGUGAUCGUGUGUAUACUGACUGGUGAUAUUUGAAGACAACGAAGCUACGGAUGCCAAAACAUUUGAAUCUUGGGGCGCAGACUUGUUGAAGUACGAUAAUUGCUAUUCAGAUGCCGAUCUGAACUAUCCUACCGUAUCAUAUACCCCCAAGACUUCACCUAAAGGUGCAAUGACAGUAAUGAGCAAAGCGAUCCAAAGUUUAAGCAAACCAAUGAUUAUCCAGAUUUGCAAUUGGGGUGUGGAUUUUCCGAGUGCUUGGGCACCUGAGAUUGGAAAUUCAUGGAGAGUUACUAAUGAUAUUACGGGGGCAUGGAGAACCGUGCCAAGAAUCUUGAAUCAAGUUGUUUCUCAGACUACUUACGGCCAACCGGGAAGGGUAAGUUUACUUGUCCUGUUAAUUUGGUGUUUUUCAGACGUGGAAGCUGACUACUUGAUAGUGGCUUGAUUUGGAUAUGCUUCAAGUUGGUAAUAACCUCUUCACCGAGCCAGAGGAGCAAACUCAUUUCAGUCUCUGGGCUAUCAUCAAGAGUCCCUUGAUUAUCGGUGGUGCUUUGAGUGACACCCAGACAAACAUUGUAGCUAGUUCUUUGGCCAUUCUCUCGAAUAAGGAUGUCAUUUCUUAUAAUCAGGAUGGCCUUGGAGUACCAGCACGCUUCGCAAGACGCUACACAAAAGAAGGAUAUGAAGUCUGGUAUGGUCCUUUGACUGAAGACCGUACUGUUGUUGCUGUCAUCAACCUCUUCAAUGAGCCUAGAAACCUUACGCUGGAUUUCCCGGAUAUUAGCAUUCAGAAGGCAAAGACAGUCAAGAAUAUCUGGGCCAAAACCACUGCUGAAAAUGUGGUAACUUCAUAUACCGCUGAAGUUGGGGCUCAUGGAACGAUGCUCUUGGAAUUAGGGGGGACAACUGCUUUCGGAAUUUACAACGUCUCUGAUGCUGUGGGUAUUGCCACAGAGUAAGUUGACUUCCGCAAUUGACGGGGACUAUACUAAUGCAUUCUAUAGAUUCACAUUCAAAAACGUGUACGCCAAAAGCACAAGCAAGAACCUCAUUGCCAGAGUCAAAUUCGAAGUAGAAAGUCUGGACGACGAAACAAUCCUAAUGAACCAAGCCACAUACACACUCCCAGCCGGUCAAACCGAGCUCACAAUCCCCAACUUCCCACUACAAGCAGGAAACAACAACAUCGUGGCAGUCGACACGCGCCUCACCAUCACCGAGUUAAACGUCUACGAUUCCACACCCAUGCUUCUCGGCGCCGACAUCUUCGAAAUCGACGCCCCAGGAACCUUCACCCAGUGCCUCACCGGCCUCUGUCUCCCCGUCGGCUCCAAGAUCGGAAACCUCUCACCCACCGUCUUGGGCACCGCCGGCAUCAUGUCUCCCCCCGGCGCCGGGCCAGGACCCAAAUACGCCAAUGUCUACUUCACCAAUAACGACAUUGCGUUCCAAUCUGCCUUUGAUCUGGGUACUAAUACCCGUAAUCUCACUAUUAAUGUCAAUGGUGUUAUUACGCGGAUCGAGGUCCCGCUUAGUGGGAAGAGCUCGGAAUUGCUUACGGAGCAUAAGGGGUGGCAGGAUGCGGGGCUGUUUCCGGUGUUGUUGGAGGGCUUUCAGGAGGGGGGGUUGGUACAGUAUGCUGCGGAUUUUGUGGGGAUGGAGGUUUAUUGGUAG